CAUAUUUAAGCAUUUUGGAAAAAUUAUAUGCAAAUAUAUUUUAUUGAGCCAGGUUUUGUACACUCAGCAAUUGAUAGCUGGCCAAUGGCAUUAACAGCUUUAAUAUUGUCAAAAGGAAAUAUUAAAUAUUCAAAAACUAAAAAUUUUAUUCCAAUUCAUGUUUUCUCUUUUUCAAACAUAUAAGGGAAAGGUUUAUGGAAAACUUGUUGACUAUUGACGAUUAACUGAAGACUUUUUUUAACUGACAAGUUAGUUCAAAAAAUACAGGUUAAAAAUAAACAUAAUGAAAAAUGUCAAGCAUUUGCCACAUGUGCCUCAUUAUUUUUAGGUAUAUGAUGAAUGUCUAACAGAUUACAACUAAUAUUUUUUAAAAUGUGAUACUGGAAUGGAGUUCAAGGUCAAUAUCCCAUACUUACUGAUAGCACUUCACAGAAUAAGUAAGGAAGCCUGGGUGUACAUCCUUUUCCCAUAACCUCCUUCAUCACUCUAUGAAUUAUAUUAGAACUAUUCAUUCUACUAUAAUUAGAACUGAUUCAAAACAGCAUGAAAGCUUUUGCCUGGAAUAGGGUGUUUUUGUGGCAAAGGUUAAUUUUCUUAUGUUCAUUCCAUUAGAACUCAAAGACGGCUGUUUUGCUCAGAUGUUGAACACAUGAAUUGGGACUGUCAAAUUCAAAUUCCACUAAAGUUAAAGCCUAGUUACAAAGAAUUAUGCUUGCAGCUCAAAACCAUUACACUUAACUGUUGGCAUGCAGAAUUGUCAGAACUUAAUCCUGAUUUAUAGGAUUUCCACUGCCAGCAAAUAUUGGGGAAAAUAGGAGAAUCAGAAGAACUCAAAAGAAAUUUCAUCUUUUCAUGAAGAAAAAAAAUUAGGGAUAGAAAUAUUACAAAAAUUACCUUAAUGAGGUUGUGGAGCUAUUUCAAUGAACCACACUGUUGGGAGAAGGAAGAAAUCCUGGCCACGAGGAGGCCUGUGCCUGUCUCUUUCUUCUGUUGUUAUGUUGUCUUUAAUAAGAUACAUUAGCUCUAAAAUGUCCCCUUCUCACAGCCACGCCUCAGCCAGAAGCCAUCCUUCAUCCCAAGAGAGUAUGACGUGGACAGAAGAAUAAGACCAGAGUAUAGAAAAGCAAAGACCAAAUAAAGAAGAGAGAACAGGAAAGGGAAACUGGUGAAGGAAAUGGAGAAGAAAGCAAGUGGAGAAAUUUUAAAAGGCAACGAAUGUGCGGGAAAAGAAAGAAAUUAGAACUGGCCGAGGUCAAAACAGCCUUUUGCAUGCAUAAUGUUCUGAUUGCUUAUGAUUCCUCAUUUUAUUAGAUAAAACACAGUCAAUACAAAAGAAGACAACUUCCCAUUCACCACAGGUACUCAUAACAUUUUAGGGGCAAAUAUUCUUUUUAUAAAUUAUUUUUAGCAAUUAGCCAGUUCCUGCAUUAUGUAGAACAUAAGCAUAUUGCUUUGGCAGCCCUUCUGGCUGGGGAUGAACAGAUCUGCUCUGGCAAACUUGGAAAGUGUGCUCUUUGCACAAACAGUGCUCCCAUGAAGACAUCUACAGCAGACAGGAGAAAGCAACGCUCUUGUUUUUCAACUUGCCACUGGGGAAAGCCAUUGAAGCUACUACUCUUACUAUGGGCACACUCAUAAUACUCUGCUUUUCCUGGAAAAAGAAAAUUCAAAUAUGAUACAGAAGAAAGCUUGGAGUUUGGGGGGUGGUUGUGUGUAAGAGGUGGGGGUGGGGGUGGGGAGGCAUCCUGCAGCAAUUUAUGAAUGCAUUAACAAUUUUUGCUUUAUGUUAAUAAUAGCAUUUUUCUGUUUGAUUUUGGGUUGGGGUUUUUUGUCUGUGAUUUCUAAAACUUUGUAUUUUCUCUCAAGUAUAGUUUGCAGGAUCUGUCGAAUUUCCUGAACAGAUGAUUGGGGAAAAUACACUGGCACUCUUCCUCUAGAGAGAAGAGCAGUCUUCCCUAAGCCCAGAUGCCACCCACAUGGUGUGGCCUUUCCCGACAGACAUGGUGCAGAAGCGGGUGGCGCUCCUGCUGCCCGCUGCCCUGGAUGGCAACCGUUCCUACAUCCACACGUUCCUGUCAAGCUACAGGAACUUUGCCACUCCCCAGCAGGUGCUGGAUCUGCUUUUCCUCAGGUAUGGAAUCAUCCUUUCGGAUUGUCACGGGGAUGGCGGACCCCUGGAGCAGCUAAAAUGUGCCAUGUCCACCAUCGUAAAUAUCUGGCUGGAAUUCCAUUCCAUUGAUUUCCAUGAGCCUCCAGAAUUUCGUUGUUUGAAGUUUCUUUUGGCCUACGUACACAUCAAUCUGCCAGGUUCAGAGGUGGAGCACAAGGCUAAUCUUCUUCUGGCCCAGCUGGAGCACCUGGAGCCCAGUGAGGCAGAGACUGAGGUUCCAGCUUCUGCCCAGGCUGAACAACUGUCCCAAGAGCUAAUGACAUCUUCAGCUCCAGCUCCAGCUCCACCUCCACUGCCAGAGCCAGAGCGUGAACAAGAGCCAGAGCCCAAGCCAGAGCCAGAGCCAGAGCCAGUGCACGAGCAAGAUCCUGAGCCAGAGGAAGAGCAAAAGCAAGAUCAGGAGCAAGAUCCAGGGCCAGAGCCAAGGGAAGACCCAGAACCAGAGCCAGAGGAAGAGCCAGAGCAAGCUCACCUAACCACCCCUGAAACAUCAAAAGAAGUAGAAGAAACAGCAGCACCCAGGGAAGCCCUGGCUCCAGAGCUCCCACAAACACCCUCACCAGUCCCCACUCCAGAGCUCUCCUUCCCCUUCCCUGCCACUGUGCUUGUCCUCGUUUUUGUCUUUGUCCUGCAUCUCCUCAAAUUUUAUCUUUUUGCUUCAUUUAUAUCCCUUGUAUAAAAUAAAGUGUUUUAAUAUUUUCAAAAUUACAA